GCUUUAACCUUUUUGCUUUUGAAGAGUCAACGAAGACUUGCUAUACUCUCUCUAAUAAAAACGCCGUUCUGAUUUCUGAGCCUUCCUUUCAUCUCAAUUUCAAAUCUGUUUUUCGAAAGACCAACUACGGCUCUCGAACUGGUUCCUGGAGCUUUCCUCUCUGCUUCACUUGAGCUUUUGUUUUCCAAAAUGGAUUCUCGGGAGGUCGUUGAUUUCAUUCGUUGAAAGAAGAUCCGUCGAAAAAAGAUCGAAGAAUGGCCCAGGAAGUUGUAGACCAUGCUAUUGACAGCUAAAAAAUUACUGAACGAUACUGAGAGGAAACAAAUCACUGAUGGAGCUGUGAGGGAGUGGCUUCAGGACCACAAAGACACAAUCUACGAUGCAGAGGACUUGGUUCCUGAGAUCAACGAUGAAGCUUUGCGAUCCAAAAUGGAAGCUAAUCAAUCUAGAAGACGAAAAAUGCUGUUCAAGGCUUACAAAUCUCAUUCCUGAUUGCUGAAAUUACAGUAGUAGAGUUUUUAAUCUUAUUGAAUAGCUAAUUGAACUUACAUAUGUAAUCAACAAAUUUGGAAUCUUUCUUUCUGUCCAUCUUGAUGUUAAUGGUCUUGCAUUCUAUGUAGUAGAAGACAGUGUAGUUUAAGUAUUUCACUGUAUAUGUAGAUUGGAAAUUAAAGCAUAAUUGAAAUUAAUUAAAAUCAUGACAAAUAAUUGCUCAUAUACAUUGAUAUGAUAGACUUAUGAGUUGCCCUCCUAUGUGUUGUACAAAUAAAAUUGAUUUGGAAAUAUAGACAUAAAUAUAGAGAUGAGAAGGUAAAACUAAAAACCUCGGAUUUCCAUACCACUUUUUACUCAAACACUUACAUCAAUAUAUUAGUUUUAUAUUAUUUCUAAUUCAGAUUUUCCUAUCCUGUUUCAAAUUAUUUAUUUAUCCAAUAUUUUUGAGCAAAAAUAAGAAACAAAAUAAAAUAAAUAAAAAGAAUUAGUAAAAAAUCUCCACAUCCAUGUAAGCAAACCUAAAAACACAAUAAAAUCCAACAGUUAAGAUAUUUUAUACAAAUUAAUUUGCACUUUAGCAAUUGACGUUCUUGGACUGGUAAUGAAGAAAACGAUUUCUUCAAGUUUAAAGAUUCAACAAUGUGUACCGUUUGCCAUUUACUAUCUGACAUUUUGUUAGCUAGUUCCCAUCGAUGUAGUUUCAUUUUUAGCGGCGCAAUAUUGAAUUUUCAACUAAAUUUUUGUCAAAUUGUUAUUGAGUAGUAAAGAAUAAGUAAAAGCCAAUUAAUUAAGUUGGGUCCUACCGUCAAUUGUAUUGUUUUCUGUUCUACCUUUCGCAGCGUUAUCUUUUUACUUUUGAAGAGUCUGCAUAGACUUGCUAUUCUUUCUCUUCGCAGUUCUGAUUUCUGAGCCUUCCCUUCAUCUCAAUUUCAACUCUGUUUUUUGAAAGACCAACUAUGGCUCUUGAACUGGUUGCUGGAGCUUUCCUCUCUGCUUCACUUGAGCUUUUGUUUUCCAAAAUGGAUUCUCGAGAGGUUGUUGAUUUCAUUCGUGGAAAGAAGAUCCGUGGAAAGAAGAUCGAAGAAGGGCUCAGGAAGUUGAAGACCAUGCUAUUGACAGCAAACAAAGUACUGAACGAUGCUGAGAGGAAACAAAUCACUGAUGGAGCUGUGAGGGAGUGGCUUCAGGAGCUCAAAAAUGCAAUCUACGAUGCAGAGGACUUGGUUUAUGAGAUGAAAAAUGAAGCCUUGCGAUCCAAGCUGGAAGCUAAUCAAUCUAGAAGACGAAAAAUGCUGUUCAAGGUACGCAACUUCCUACCAUCUAGAUUCGAUGUUAAGAAAGUAGAAGAAAGGAUAAAGAAUAUAAUUAGCACCCUGCAAUUUAUUCUGGAACAAAAUGAUGGCCUUCGUUUGAUUGAAGGUGUCGAAACCAGACCUUUUCGAAGGAUAUCUGAAGCUACUUUGGUUAAAGAAUCUGAUAUUUAUGGGAGGGAUGCUGAUAAGGAAGCCAUCAUGAAGCUGCUGUUAUCUGAUCAUCAAGUGGGUGGUGAUAAAAUAUGUGUUAUUCCCAUCGUUGGCAUGGGUGGGAUUGGCAAGACCACCCUUGCUCAGCUUGUUUACAGGGAUAUUGACAACAAAGUCAUGGAGAAACCUUUUGAUGUGAAAGCAUGGAUCACAGUGUCUGAUGAAUCUGAUGUGUUUACCCUGACAAAAAUGAUUUAUCAGGCUGUAACUGAAUCAGAAAAAUGGAGUAUCACAGAAACAUUUCAACUUCAACAUAAACUGGAGCAGUUUUUGGAUGGGAAAAAAAUUCUCCUUGUCCUUGAUGAUAUAUGGAAUGUGAACUAUCAAACUUGGUGUGCAUUAAAGAUUCCAUUUGAUUCUGCUGCAAAUGGAAGUAAAAUCAUCAUAACAACACGCAAUGAAAACAUUGCAGCAAAGAUUGGUAAUGUCCCAAAGCAUGAACUGCAAAUGAUAUCGGAUGAAGAUUCUUGGCGGUUAUUUUCAAAACAUGCUUUCGGUAGUGUAGAGCCAAUAGCAUAUCCAGAUCUUUUGGAAGUAAUUGGUAGAAAAAUCAUAAAAAAAUGCAAAGGUCUACCUUUAGCAGUAAAGUCACUAGGUGGUCUUUUGCAUUCGGAACUAGAUCCCAAGGCUUGGGAAAACAUACUAGAGAGUGAUAUAUGGGAGUUACCACAACAUGAGAAUAAUAUUCUUCCAGCUUUAUGGUUGAGUUAUUACUAUCUGCCUCAACAUUUAAAACGAUGUUUUGCUUAUUGCUCAAUAUUUCCCAAAGAUUAUACAAUUGAAAAGGGAAAAUUAAUUAGACUUUGGAUGGCAGAAGAUCUUUUGCAACCCCAUAGAAACAAGCCACUGGAAGAAGUUGGAAAUGAAUAUGUUAAAGAUCUAGUAUCAAGGUCAUUCUUUCAUGUUUCCUCAUUUGGUGGACUUACCAUGCAUGAUCUUGUGAAUGAUCUUGCUCAAUUUAUAUCAGGAGAAUCUUGUUUGACGUUGGAUGACAACUACUCAUGGGGCCUUAUGACAAAAAAGACUCGUCAUUUAUCACUUUUGAGGUAUCAGUCCUAUGAUAUCAAGAAAUUAAGAGCUGGUUGUGAAAAUAAGGUUUUGCGCACUUUGCUAGUAUUAGAUGCUGGGUUUAUAUCAAAAGAACAAUACGACAUAAGUUUUACACAAUUGCAAUCAAUGCAAUACCUAAGAGUGCUUUCUAUGCCUAGAAAUACAUUUAGACAUAGGAAUCCUCUUAGUACAAAGGUGUUUGAUUCAAUUGGUAGUUUAACGCUUUUACGGUAUUUGGAUUUUUCUGGUUCUGAAAUUAAAGAAGUACCUGAUAUACUUUGUUCACUGCACAAUUUGCAGACACUAAUAUUGUAUUUUUGUCUUGAACUUACUCAGUUGCCUGAUACAAUUGAUAAUUUGAAGCAUCUAAGGUACUUAGACUUAUCUUAUAGCGCAAUUGAAAGGAUACCUGACACGAUAUGUAAUUUGCACGACUUGCAUACUCUAAAGUUGAAUGGCUGUAAGGAGCUUACUGUUUUACCAUCCAAUAUCACAAUGCUAAGCAAUUUGCAACAUCUCAACAUUUGGGGACAAGUUUAAGUGAGAUGCCACCGCAACUAUUGAACUUGAAAAAUCUGGAAAGUUUAAGACAGUUUGCUGUAGGCAAAAAGAUUGAACGUAAGUUUCAAAAUCUGCAUGGUAAUUUGUGCACUACAAAUCUUGAGAAUGUAGUAAAUGUUGAAGAUGUUUCGGAGGCCAAUUUGAAGGAUAAGAAGCUUAUUCGUGAACUGAUCGUGGGGUGGAAGGGUGAUAGUACUAAAGAUUCAUAUGGAUCAUGGAAGGUACUUGAGAGACUUCAACCUCACACAGAUAAUCUUGAAAGACUGGAAAUUAGAAAUUAUGGAGGUAGAAGCUUCCCAGGUUGGAUAGGACGAGCCUAUUUGGUUGUAAAAAUUGUUGUUCUUUGCCAUGUCUCGGACAAUUACCUUCCUUACGACUCCUGACGAUUGAGGGAUUUGAUUUGGUGGAAAGAAUAGGCUAUGAAUUUUAUUGUGAUGGUUCUUCUUUAGUUGACAGUAAACCAUUUGAUUCAUUAUGAUAUUUAAGGUUUUCAAAUAUGCAACGGUGGAAGGAGUGGUCAUUGAUGGGAUGGAGCAAACAAGUUGGUGGUGGAGUUUUCUCAAAUCUUAAGUAUCUUAUUUUUUCAGACUGUCCGGAGCUAAAUGGAGCGUGCAUACCAGAUUAUCUUCCAUCCUUGACCAAUCUUCCCAUAAGUGGAAGUAGUGACCAUCUGGUGAGUUUAUUAUCAAGGUGUGAAUAUCCAUCGCUUGAGGAGUUGCAUUUACAAUAUUGUCCAACAAUGCAGUCGUUUCCACAGGGGAAAUUGCCCUUCAACAUUAAAAAUAUUAAAAUAUUUUAAUGCAAUGUAGUGUCACUUUCGGAAGAGGGUUGGCCCUGCAACUUAAAUUCAUUUCAAAUAAACCAAUGUGAGAAGGUGUUUGCGGAACCCAUAGAGUGCAAUCUGCGGAUGCUCACUACUCUUACUUCUCUGAAUCUCAAUUUGCUGCCAACCCUCAAAUCCUUAAAUGGGAUGGGUUUUGGAUGCCUUGUCUCCCUUCAAAAAUUGUACAUUAUAGCAUGCCGUCAGUUCCGGUGCUUGGUAGACGAAGAUGAAGGGCUGCCAACCUCUCUGACUACUCUUCAGCUCUGUUAUCUUCCAGAGCUCAAAUCACUAAACGCCAGUGCCUUUCGAAACCUCACCUCCCUUCAAAAUUUGCAGAUUACUAAAUGCACACUUCUUUAGUGCUUGCCAGAAGAAAGGCUGCCAGAAUCUCUUUCUGUAUUGGAUAUUGGAGGCUCUGAUUUACUUAUUCCACGCUGCCAGAGAGAGACAGGGGAAGAUUGGCCCAAGAUUGCUCACAUCCCUCACAUAUCGUAUACAUAUGACGAUAAAUAAGUCAACAACGAUAUGUAUUCUACACAUGAUUGUCCAUCUUGUCUAAACGUUAUCAGGCUCUUUAUUAUUACUAUUUUUCUUUUACACCCUUUCAAAUGUAAUACUUUAUCAUUACUACUUUUCUGUUUCUAGUCGAACUCAAUAUAACCGCCACUCAUUCUAAAA